GGCGGAGCCGUGAGGCGCGGGCCGGCGGUGACGGGAGCGGGGCUGUGGCCGCUCCUCAGCCUGGCCUGGAGCUGCGGCAUCUGGGAUGUGCUUUGGCAGCUUUCAGCUUUUUAAUUCCGUGGAGUUGCUCAAAGCGGCAAUUAAGGGGUGAAGGAAGAGCGAAGCUGUGACUUGGAGAGGUUGCAGUGGCAGUGAGUUGUGUGGAUUCCUGAGGGAGGAGAGGGUGUUAGCACCAUGGAAGUGGAGAAGAGCAGAAGGAGCUGCUUCACCCAGACCUCCUGUUUGGGUGAAGAUUUAGGUGAAGACUCGCAGCUGGAGUAUCUCAGUGCUCACGAGGAGUAUGAGGAGGAUAAGAACAACUCCAGUGAGUUCUCUGAGCAGGGGGAGGUUGCAGAGGCGGAGGACGUGCCGCUGGCUGGUGACAAGGUGCCACCCCCGAUCACAGCAGGGGAAGAAGAGCCUGGGAAGAGCAAAAGACGCACCCAGAGCGUGGCAGUGGAGCCAGACAUCCCUUUCCUGCCGCCCAGUGAGAACGCGCAGCUCUGCAGACGCGCAGAGCCCUCCUAUUUCAGCAGCUGUGAGAAACCUGCGGUGCGCACACGCGGUGGCAGCGGUGCUGACAGCACUGCAGGGGGUGCUGAAACCCCGUUCCCGGCCCGUGAAAUCCUCCCUAGCAGGAGCCCUGCUGCCGGCAUGGAAGCUGCAGAGAAAUCCUCUAGUGGGAGUCCCAGUACUGGGAAUUGGGAGCGUGGUGAAGCCCCGAGGAGCAUUCCCAGUGUCUCUGUGGCUGUGCAGGCUGUGGAUGAUUCCAGAGCUGGCUUCCCAACGAGCAGGAGCUCCAGGGCAGUGAACACAGAGGUAACCAUGAUGAACAAAGCUCGACCCGUGGGGUGGCUGGCUCAAACCUCCGUGGAUGCUGCUUCCAACACAGAAUGGUCCUUCAGAACUCAGAGCUCACACGUGCAGCAGGAAUCAAAUGGUCAUCUGUGUAUCUGUGACUGGAAGACAGACACCCACAGGCCAGAACAUCCCAGCAAGCAAACUGGGAAGAAUUCUGCAUCAAGUUGCUGUCAGAACAUCCUGCAGAGAGCAGCUGAAGCUGAGCUGCAGCUCCUGGCCAUCCAUUAUGAGAUGUGCUACCAGCACUGCUUGAAGGUUUAUGAGCUGGCUUUGGAGGAAAACACCUAUUUUGGGAGAUGUGAGGAGAAGAAUGAGUUAUAUUCAUCUCUGUUGUUGGUUUUGGAUGAGCUGGACAAUAACUACAGCAGUAUGAGAACAGAAAUAAAGAUGGGCAUACCUUUAAAUGAGCUUCCACCACUGUCAGUUGAGCUGAAGUUUUCCCCAAUCUCUUCCUUUUACAUGCCAUCCAAGUUUUUCGGAAAGAGUCUUUUCUCUGAUGAUCUUUCAGGUGAAGGGAAGGCUGACUUGGAAGAACCAAAACAGCAAGAAAAGGGGAUUUCUGCCACUAUGGAGAAGUCACAGGCUGAUGGUGGUCAUCCAGGUGACUCUGCUUCCCCUGGGACAUGGGAAGAACCACCUAAAGAUCAGGCUCUGGAACGUGGCUGUGUAAAAAAUGAGGAAGGGAGUGAGUAUUGGUUUGAUGCUAAGGAAGACUUGUCAGUGGCAGAUAUUUCAGUAAUGUGCAGAGCAACGAAAAAGCAACAAGGAAAACAAGACCCAGCUGACUCAAGAGAAGUGAAGAUAGUGGGGAGUGGGAAUCAACAUUCUUCUGUUCAGGGUGGUGGCCCAAAACCCUCAGUGCCUGAGGAUCCUGGGGAAAAUUCCCUGCUGAAAACAUCCACUUGUUCCUCUGUAAACCCAUCUGGUGUCUUUGUUUCUCCUUAUGCACUGAACUUGACCAGCUUUACCAAGUUAGUAAAGAGACUUCAAGAAAGGCAUCCAGAGUUUAGCAGAGAUGAAAUUGUGGAGGCUGUGCAGGAGGUGAGGAGAAUCAACAAAGGUGUCCUGAGUGGCUUGGCCAUCAGCUCUAUUGAGGAAAAGACCUCUGCCAUUCUGAGGAGAUCGAUGUGCUGCUCUCAGCAGGAGAAGCACGGAGACGCAGGACUGCUCCGUGCUUUCCUUCGGCACUGUUCGCUCCCGAUAAGCGAUAAGGAGACGCUGCGCUCCAUCCCGCUUCCCCCUGCGCUCCGGCAGGAGCCGGGCGGGGCCGUGGCCGCCCCGGGCCCGCCCCUCCGGCAGCGCCGCGGGCGCGGAGCCCGCCCGGCACCGGAGCGGAGCCGCUCCUGCCGCGGGGCCAUGGCCCUGCUGCCGCGGCGCUUCCUCUGCUUCGUCCUGGCCCAGCACUUCAUCGCAGCCACGGCGUGCCAGGAGGCCGACUACGGCUGGAUGAUCCGCCACUACUGCCUCAAGCAGUUCCAGCUCAGCAUGGAGGGCAUUGGCCAGCGCCUCUGGUGUGACUGGGACGAGACUGUGGGUACCUACGGGGAGCUGACGAACUGCACGGCGCUGAUCGCCGAGAGGCUCGACUGCUACUGGCCCAACCGGCUGGUGGACGAGUUCUUCGUGGCCGUGCACAGGCAAUACUUCAGGAACUGCUCCCCGUCGGGCCGGGCUCUGCACGACCCCCCGAACGGCGUGCUGUGUCCCUUCAUCGUGCUGCCCGUGCUGGUCACCCUGCUGAUGACAGCGCUCGUGGUGUGGAGGAGCAAACGCAGCGAGGGCAUCGUGUAGGGACGGAGCCCCGGGGGCAGGGACAGCAUCGCUGGGGUCCCAGUGAACCAGUGAGGCUGCAGGGCAGGACGGGCUGCCCGCGCCUCCCCCAGCCCUCCCCCCGGCUAAGAGUGCCGAGCGGGAGCACCGAAAGGAAAAUAAACCCCGGGAGGGUGUGGGGAGUUGAAAUCCUGCAUCAGCGCACGUGAGACCAGCGGGUCUGGAACAUCCUCGGCUUCCUCUCUCGGUCAUUUUUUGGAAAGGCAUCUGCUGCCCCAGCCCCCAGCACAAGGACGGGGCUUGCACGGGCUGGGUUGUGCCUGGGAGGGGGGAACAGCGGGUGGGCUUACCAAGGAACGGGAAUAAGGUGCUUUUCCUACCUGAAUAAAGAAAUACUGAAUAAACCAGG